UCGCCUCAGUCCCGGCGGCUGGGCAGGACGGCAGAGCUGAGUGAGGCAAGCUGGAGGGAGGAUCGGGGGGGCGCAGUGGCGCCUAUGGGGAAGGCGGCUGCGGCGUCGUGCAGCAGCACCCGCGGGCUGGUCUCCUUGCUCAGCGCCGUCCCCUGCCUGGCCUGCAAGCAGCCGCCGCCCUCCCGCGCCGCCAUGAGCCUGAGCGCGGCGAGCUCCGAGGGCCCCCCGCCCGUCGCCGGGCCCGGUUCUGACACCUACAAGGGCUGGCUCUUCAAGUGGACCAACUAUCUGAAGGGGUACCAGCGCCGAUGGUUCGUGCUCAGCAACGGUCUGCUGAGCUACUACAGGACCCAGGCUGAAAUGGCUCACACUUGCCGAGGAACCAUCAACCUGUCAACAGCCCACAUUGAUACAGAGGACUCCUGUAACAUUGUGCUUUCAAGUGGGGGAAGGACAUACCAUCUAAAGGCUAGUUCAGAAGUGGAACGGCAGCGGUGGGUCACAGCUCUGGAGCUGGCUAAGGCCAAAGCCAUUCGUAUGAGGGACAACCAGUCAGAUGACUCUGGUGAUGAGGAACCAGCCUCACAGUCUGACAAGAGUGAACUGCACAGCACUCUGAAAAACCUCUCGAGUAAGCUGGAGGAUCUCAGCACUUGCAACGACCUCAUUGCGAAGCACGGGGCAGCUCUCCAGAGGUCCCUGAGUGAGCUGGAAAACCUGAAGCUGCCUGCUGAAAGCGGGGAGAAGAUCAAAGCCGUCAAUGAGCGAGCCACUCUCUUCAGGAUCACCUCCAAUGCUAUGAUCAAUGCUUGCCGGGAUUUCCUCGAUUUAGCAGAGACCCAUAGUCGAAAAUGGCAGCGGGCACUCCAGUACGAGCGUGAGCAGCGGACCCGGCUUGAGGAAACCAUUGAGCAGUUAGCCAAGCAGCACAACAGCUUGGAACGGGCCUGCCGAGGAGCCCCAGGACUCACUGUGAAUACUGUCACCCGCGCACCCAAAGCAGGGAACGUGCUGACAGUGAAAGGGGAAGCCAGCGACGAAGAUGAGGACACUGAAUACUUUGAUGCCAUGGAGGACGCGCCAUCUUUCAUCACAGUAGCUGCAGAUCCCACAAAGCACCACAGACGCACUGACAGCAACCUGAGCGGGGCCAGUGAAGGUCGUGCCGAUGACUGGAACCUAGAGGACAGCGUGUUUGAGUGUUCCACCCGGUCCAGCUUUGAUGCUACAGGGAAAGAUGUCGUGUCCAAGAAGAGCAGACGGACUCAAAUCCCAGACAAACCCAACUACAGCCUUAACCUCUGGAGCAUCAUGAAAAACUGCAUUGGCAAAGAACUCUCCAAGAUCCCGAUGCCUGUAAACUUCAACGAGCCGCUAUCCAUGCUGCAGAGGCUAACAGAGGAUCUGGAGUACCACGAGCUGCUUGACAAAGCCGUCAAGUGCGAGAGCUCCACAGAGCAGAUGUGCUUUGUGGCUGCUUUCUCUGUGUCUUCCUACUCAACGACAGUCCACCGGACAGCCAAGCCAUUCAACCCACUCCUGGGCGAGACCUAUGAGCUGGACCGCCUGGAUGAAAUGGGCUUCCGUUCACUCUGCGAACAGGUGAGCCAUCACCCUCCAGCUGCAGCCCACCAUGUAUACUCCAGACGGGGCUGGACACUGUGGCAGGAAAUCACAAUCGCUAGCAAGUUUCGGGGCAAAUAUCUCUCCAUCAUGCCGCUGGGUGCCAUCCACCUGGAAUUCCACUCCAGUGGCAACCACUACAUCUGGAGAAAGGUGACCUCCACUGUUCACAACAUCAUCGUGGGCAAGCUCUGGAUUGACCAGUCUGGUGACAUAGAAAUCAUCAACUACAAGUCAAAAGACAAAUGCCAGCUGAAGUUUUCCCCCUACAGCUAUUUCUCCAGGGAUGUUCCUCGAAAGGUGACAGGUGUUGUCAUGGAUGCAGAAGGCAAGGCUCACUAUGUUAUGUCUGGCACAUGGGACGAAAAGAUGGAAUGCUCCAAAAUAGUGCAGAGCAGCCUGGGUUCCAGCAGCAUGGAGGGAAAACUGCCGAAAACAGUCUACCAGACACUGUCUCCCAGGGUCCUGUGGAAGAAAUACCCCCUUCCGGAGAAUGCCGAAAACAUGUACUACUUCUCCAGCCUGGCUUUGACCCUGAACGAGAUGGAGGAAGGCAUGGCCCCCACAGACAGCCGACUAAGGCCUGACCAGCGGCUCAUGGAGAACGGCAAGUGGGAUGAGGCCAACAUGGAGAAACAGAGGCUAGAAGAGAAGCAGAGAGCUGUUCGUCGCCAACGGGAAGCGGCGGCAGUGGUGGCCCUGGAAGAAGGCCAAGACUAUGAAGGCUACAUCCCACUGUGGUUUGAGAGGAAGGUGGACCCUGCAACGGGGGAGCUGAUCUGCGUUUACAAGGGUGGAUACUGGGAAGCCAAGGAGAGACAGGACUGGAGCAUGUGCCCCAAUAUCUUCUGAGCCUCCUCCCACCCCUUACUGGGCUGCGGGUGCCAGGAGGGGCCUCCCCGUCUUUGUUGCAGGAUCCAAGAGCCAGCAGUUAAAGCACUCCAGGCAGCCGCCUCUCUCUGGCAACACACAAACUUCAAGGAAAUACACAGAGUUUAAAUAUUUAAAAGAAAAAAUUAAAAAGAGAAACAAAAAGACAAAAACAAAACAGGGAUUCCAAACCUAUUUUUAUGCACUAAUAAAACGGCAUUUGAUUUUUUUUAAGUGACUUUUUUUAGCUACCAAUUAGGACUGAGGAGGUGAUGGGAUUGGUUUCCUUUUUAAGCCUGACCUCGUUAUUGCUGUGUCAGGAGUUGCAGCCUCCUUAUAUUUUUGAAGGCUUGGUUUUAUUAACCAAGGCUCUGACUUCCAAAGAUGCACGCAUUGUGGGGAAUGAUGUAUGUUUUGAUUCUCUUUUGGGGUUUUCUUCAUUUUUUUGUGUGUGUUGUCUUAAAUUAAUUUUUAAAGUCUAUUGAUGAUUCAGGUUCCUUUUCUAAGGAUGCGGGCAGCUCUGCGCUCCAUUCCCUCUUUGAAUUCUAGAGAGAAAAACGGGGCAUCUGAGGUGCUAGUUGCAGCUGCUUCUUUGGGGAAGGCUAGAGGAGCAUCCUUGGCGGGUGGGUGGGUUUCCUUCUGUGCUUUUGAAUUACUCUGAUGCAGACCCUGGGGCAAUGGGCCUUUUUUUAGCUGUUGUUUUUGUUUAGAAUCCAUUUUCUCUGAAAAGACAGUUUUGUGUUGUGGAGAGAGGGUGCACAGCCUUUUGUUUUGGUUCUGUAUCGAAUUCCCUAAUAGCGAUGGGGCAGCAAGCCUUACUUCCGGCUUGCCUUAAAACAAGCUAGAGCAGGCUCCCAAGAACUCCGACUUUUUUGCUCUGUAACAGAGACUUUAAAAACACCCUGUAAGUCGACUGCCAACUUGGCACACAGUGUUCUUUGCAGCCCCAAGCUGUAUGCCCUUUUGUGGAAAGA